AUUCGGAAAGAUAUCGGGCAUAUCGGGUUGUUUGAGCUUUUCUGAUGGUUGUCUCCACAGAGAUAUUGGCCAAAAAACAAAGAUUACCAGUUGCACGAAACACACACAAAAAAAAUGACAGAGAGGCCGUUUAGCGUGGCUUUUCUUUUUGGAGCAUCCCUAAUAGCGGUGUGCUAUUAUGUUGGCUUUGUUCGUCUUCCAGAGUGGACAUUACUCAACAUUUCCCUUCAUGUUUUGGGUGUCCUUGUAUGCAUUGUUAACUAUGUUAAUGAAUACCUUGGUUUUAAUCAACUGAGCUAUAGCAAAUUUUCCAAACAAGUUGGGAGUUUAAAUGCUCGUCUUGGAUGGACAAUAACAUAUGCUAUGCCUGCAGUAACCUACGACAUACUCUGGUUCAUCUAUGGUAAACCCUCAAGUCCUUUUCAUUUCAUUGCUCUUGGAACUUAUAAUGCACACUUCAUCAAACGUAUUCUAGAAUGCUUGUUUGUCCAUAAGUAUUCCAGAAAUAUUGAAGUGAUGUCUGUCAUUCAGAUUGGUGCAUUUUACACACUUGGAGCAUCAGUACAACAUUACUGGUGUAAUGUAUACACAAGCGCAAAUGAUGGAAACCGGCUAAUGAAUAACAAAAUCCUUUUGAUUGUUGGGUUCGUUGCUUUUAUUGGCGGAGAAUUCAUAAACUUCUACCACCAUGCUUUGUUGGCAAGCCUACGACCAAAGGGAUCAGCACCAGGCAAUUAUGUUGUACCAUCUGGUGGUCUUUUUGAUUUGCUUGUUUGUCCACAUUACUUUGGGGAAAUCAUUGGAUGGUUUGGUAUGGCAAUUUUAGGUCAACAUUCCUGCCUUUACCUAUCAUGGUUAUCUAUGGUCGCAUACCUGGCAGGCCGCAGUCACCAGACCAGGGAGUGGUACCUUAAUAAGUUGGAUCACUUCCCUAGAGAACGCAAAAAUCUCUUCCCUUACAUUUACUGAAAGAUCUCAAGAAAAAGCAUAGCAUACCUCAUAGAAAUGAUUAUGAAUGAUUUGUAUUUGUGUUGAUUUUAUUUUUAUUUUGUGUUUGUCUGUUUUGGAAAUGACAUUAAUCAGAUUAAAAAAAUAUUAUAAGAUUUUAA